CGUUUACGUAGAAUAGACAGAUGUGUUCACGGCCACGAUGGGCGAUGAUUCUUUGAUAUUACGAGAAGAUGGUUAUAUACGCAUGAACUUUCCUGUUACUUCACUUACGUAUCACAGUAAUUUAAAUAUCAUAUUAGUGAAGACUGAUGUUGGCGGUGUACACGUUUUGGAUGUGAACUCUGGUGUGAUUCUUCAGUCAUCCCAUCUCUCAGCGGAUGAUGGGGGCACUUUGGGCGUGGAAUACGCGUCGGGAGCUGACCGUGUGUUUGUAUGGGAUAGUAGUGGGGUAGGCGCUCGAACGGAUUAUAAUGGAGUGUUACUCUUAAAUACUGCGUUGCAAAGGCCCGUGUUCCAUAAGCAGACAGAUAACUUCGAAGUCAGAAUUGAGCUUGUCUUGUCAGAGGCUGUGCUUCUGUAUCAAUGUCUUCAAAACUUGGACUCUGAUUCAAUUGAGGGAUUAGCAGACUUCACCAAGAAAUUGAAGCUUGCAAUUGAUGCUGAACCAGUCAAGAAAGGUGUCAAAGCACAAAAAUGGAGUACAGUAACAAUCUCCCUUCCACACCCGACGCUACGCCUCGUAAUGAUCAGUGCGGUGCAAGACUUGAAGGCACAAAACCGGCGGAUACCAGCCCUGGCUAUUGCGUCUGCAGUGGCCCAACAAGCCAAUGACCUCAUGCUGUACACUAAAGAGGUGCAGGGCUUGAUGUACUCGGAGGCAGACAGAAAGAGGUCCUUUAAAAGAUGGCCACACAUGGAUUACAAAUGGGCCCUCCCAGCUCGCAUGGCGCAAGCAGGGUUCUACCACCAGCCGUCCCCUAGCGGCGACGAUCGGGCCAUGUGCUUCACCUGCAUGGUGUGUCUGGUGUGCUGGGAGAAGUCUGACGAGCCGUGGGUGGAACACGAGCGCCACUCGCCCAACUGCCCCUUCGUUCGCGGCGAGUACACGCACAAUGUGCCUAUAUCGGUAACCAACGCUACCGCUUGCGCCGUCUCUUGUCCGAAUCCGAAUGUAAAGGUAGUUUCAAAAGGUAAUACAGGAGAUUUAAUAGCCACGGGUACAGUUGAUGGAAAGGUGAACAUUUGGAAAUUCGACUGUGGCCUCAAACUGGUCAAGUUUAUACACCUCUCCCCAUAUGACUCCAUCUUUAGUGGGAUUUUGACAACAGAUUGCAAUAAAGUUUGGUCGGCUAGUCUGGAGAAGGAUUCAUCUACUUAUGGCAUUGAACUAACAGCUAUGGCGUUUGUCGGAAUGUCGUCACAACAAAAAGCUUAUCCACACGCACAAAACUUAGAAAGCGCAGAAAAGGAGACAAACACUACCAAACCUAAACCAUCCCUUGUCUGUGCUGUCAUCAUAACGCGAACGGUCACCACUCCUACCAACCAACCUAUCAAAGAUGACUCCAGUAAAGCUCUGUUCGAUUCAGGAGUACCGGAUGGAUCCCAAGAAAGUAUUAAGGCAAUGAAUGAUCAAAAUGAAGCAAAGAGCAACUUUACACCAUCAAACAAGAUGCUAUUCCUGUUGACUUAUGAUAUUCAUAGUUCACUAGCCGGUUCGACCACGACAGUAGUUCACACAUCCAAUAGCAGUAGUGGAAAUUCUAAACCGGGCGGUAGCAAAAAGGUCUGUGCAGUUUAUCCGCGAACAGACGACGCGAGCAUUUACGAUGACAUAUACCUACAGUACUCUGAUGAAGACACGGAGCUUCCGCAAGGCACAAACGGUUUGUUAGAGGAACAGAUUAGCAAUGUUAUCAAUUUAAAUGCGUCAUCUAGUAAAGAGGAGUGUAAGUUCUGGGAGGCAAAGAAAAUUAUUUUUACAAAACUCCACAAAGCUUUACCACCUCCGCCCCCCACGGUUCUACUGCCGGAGCUGCCGGAGUCGGGACAGGGUAGUGUGUUAGAUUUUGUGGGAAAGAUGUCUCAACUCAAAAGCUGGAAGAGUGGAAACUUAGAAUCUUCCGGUACGAAGGUAGUAGAUCAAACUGAUGCUGUGCCCGGUGAUUCUAUUUCGCAAUACUUGAACAUGGCUGCUGAGAAUGGUCCUUUGGAAAUCUCGAAUUUGAAGUGGUACGUAGAUAGUGACGGUACUGAGAAACCGCUCUCUGAUUUGAAAUGGUUUGUAGAUAUUGACGGUACGGAAAAACCUGUCAAAGUGACGAAAUUUGGCGCAAUUAAGGUAGGAACACAGACUGCAGUCAACAACAGUAACAACGACGGUUUCGACAGCGAUCCGCCUCAGGAAGAGGCAGUGUCACAAGGAGUAGCCGUCCAAUGCUUAAGUCUUCCAACAAAAUUAAAUCAAAAAGAAGAUCCUAGAGUGACGCAUCUAUUGCCUACAGAAGACAAGGAACAUUUGUUAGUUGUCAUAUCGAGUAUCGAUCCUGAGAAGGUGAAACACGAAGAGGAAGCGGACUGCGACAGCGACACGAAAAUGGACGUCGACGAAGUCGCUGACCAACAAGAUAAGACUGACAAAUCUGAUACAAAAGCCUACUUUAUUCUUUAUAAAAUCAAUAGUAACACUUCCAUAUUUACCUUAGAAGAUAAUCCAGUAUCUUUCAUAGAGCUACCUUAUAACGAAAGUCCCGUCGACUUGUGCCUGCUGCCAGCCGAAAAACUGGGGCAGCACGGCUUUGCCGUAGUCGGCCUCGAUGGCAACUUGAGGCUGUAUACGUUACCUGAUUUCCAAACACUUUCAGAAAAACGUGUGCCCAAGGGACAGUUCACGUCUGUUGUUUAUUGCGCGUCGGUCGAACGCCUCAGUGUAUCCACGAAACAUGGCAUGAUUUAUUUUUAUGCGCUCAACAAUGGUGAGAAAGAUUCAGGAAGCGAUGUGAAUGAAGACGAGUUUGCUAAUUUAGAUUUUGACAUGUUGCAAAAAGCACCGCGCGACGAGGAAAGUCCGACGGUAAUUAUAGCUAACAAGGCUGAAUUGGAUCUCAAUGACCUGGAAGCUCUUAUAUCUCUGACAGGUUACUAUGGAAUGAAUACUACAGUACCGUACAGUGCUGUAGUGCCUGGGUUUUGGUGCGAACUCUCGCCGGCUCAGAGGUCGAGAUCUGACCAUCAGAAUAACCGAUCGUGGCGCUUACAAAACACAUCCUCCACUUGGGAUGAACAUGUUUUAGAAUUAACGUUGCCCUAUAACGCUUCUUUGGCGCACAUAGAAUUCGGAUUCACGCUACACUUUGCAAGUUCUGAAAAUUUGCCAAUUAUACAGGUCACAUUAUUAAAGCAAAAUUUGCAUGGAAUAGGUUACAAAAAGGAUGCUUCAUUUGGCCAGAGGGCCGAUUCUCCAGCGCUCUCCCCAGUUAUAGAUGCAGAUAUCUCGAAUCUAGAGAAUCCUGUCAAUAGCGAAGAGUACUUACAAUCACAUAACGCUGAAAUUUUGGCAGGCCCUUUGUUUUUAUCUUCCGGUUUAGAUACGACACAACAAUCGGGAACAUUGAUUCUAACUAGUCCUCGCCUCUAUAAGGCCAAAGGAAGAACAUUCUUGAUUCAUAUAAAAACAUUAUUCGAUCCCGCUAAAGAUAUGGCCAAGGGGCCCAUUAAAUCAACUGAGAACUCAUCAAAGAAAUUUUGUUUCAUUGGUUGCGACUGGUUACAUCAAAUAUCUAUAACGGUUCGCUCGUGUCCCCGUACUGACGUGCCCAUGGAUCGGCUACAGCGAAAUACCAUGUUAGAAUCGAACCAUUUUUUGAAUACCCUCUGUAAAACAGCUAUAAGCAAGGAUGAUGUCGAGAAGCGCAAAUUGGCACUAGAUCUUAUAAAUUGGGUCAUAUCAAUUCGACUUCAACGUAUGCGUUUUACCAAAUCUGAAAAGGGCAAGGAGAAAGAAGCCGAUAGUCCCAUAGAAACUCAACAGUUGGAGUGCGUCGACGUCAUCGAACAGCAUACUGAAGCCUUGAUAAAGAAUUGUAUACUUUGCGCAAACAGAAGUAUCGCGAAAAAAUGUGUCAAAAUAAUGUUGAUCACAAGCGAGGGUGUGAAAGAGCUCCCAAAACGUUGGAAAACGACCUUCGAGGAGACAUUGGUCAGCAGCGUGAUAGCUUGCAUCCCCCUGGUGGGGGCGUGCGAGUCGCCGGGAGCGCUCAAGUGGCUCAUGGCGCUGGCACAGCACUGCACUCGCCGCUCCGGCGCUUCGGCCUUAGUGGCUAAAGGCCUUACACUGCUAGAGAGGACGGCUCGCUGCUUACGGGAACGUGCCGACCCUUAUCAUCAUUUACUGCGAGCAAGGUUCGGCUUAUACGGGCUUCCGCUCGAAGGCACACGCUUCGGUGCAGAAGUGCCCGAGUUGGUGCGCGGCUCGACCACGCCCGUUACGUACGCGAGCGUGCUGGCCGGGGACACGCCCGCGCCGCCACAGCCCGCGCCGCAGUAUCAACUCAAGGACCUGCUUAACCUGCCUCCUGACUCAGAGGGUAAACCAAACACCAACAGCGUAUGGUGGGGGCUCGGUGACUUGGAGGCUGUGGCAGCUGGCCUGGGCGAGGCUACGCCGCUGCAUGUGACCUGCCACCUAGCUUCCGAUGGCACCAAACUAGAGACGGCUGCUACCAGGCAUCCCCCUACCGUUGUUAGCGCGCACUCUGCAGACCCCCAUCAGCUAUGGACGGUGGUGAAGGAGGGUCAAAUGAAGCAAUCCUCUCAAGAUCCUGACUCUUUGGACGAUGUGGAAAGCUCCCUUAUGGAGUGUGAUCCACAGGACAAAAUGGACUUCACUGAAGAGAAGCUCUUUAAGGAAGGUGCACAGUGCGGUAUCCCGUGGGCCACGCUGGUGACGCGGUCGCCACAGCACACUCUGUUAGUGGAGCGCAUGCAUUCGGGCGCGCGCCGGUACAUAGUGCUCGACUUCGGCCAUCUUGUGCGUCUCACCGACGUGGUAAUACCCUCAUGUUCGGACCUGGUGACCUUGUACAUAGACAUCUGGACAGCGGGUGAAGAGAAAGACUGCGUAAAGAUUGCAUACGCCACAGACAUAGCUACCAAGCACCUCGUGCUGACCGAUAUACAGCCGCCACCGCUGUGCAGAUACAUGAAGAUAACCACGAUAGGUCGCUACGGCAUGGCAGCAAUGAAGUGCAAGAUACCGCUGGGCUGGUUCUAUGGCGAAAUCGUAGAGAUCGCGAACGUUCAAGCCUCUAUAAAUGCGCUUAAAGCUUUGUACGAAGACUUGUCUUGCAGAUUUCGGUUGGCAACAGGGAAGCUUAUUGAUUUAUUGAACCCUUACCUGGACUUAUUUAAUGGAAAUGCAGCACACAUGAUGGCAUAUCUCAACCAGGCCAAUGAGUCUGACCCCAAAGUGAUCGCGGCGUACCAGGAGUGCAUAGAACUGCAGCAGCAACUGCACAACUGUACCAACAUAUUGAAACGUCUGCAAAAGACGCCCGACUGUAAUGAGAAAGUUCUGGAUAUGUUAGAUAGGGGGAGAGUGACCCCUGAUGCACUGUUGGAAACAGCCUCGACCGAUAAAUUGAGGGUUAUCACGGAGAAUGUCAUCGAUUUACUCUUAUAUUUUGUUUUUCAAAUGGAUGUGGAAUACAGCGGUGUAAGCGCUGAAUGGUGCUGGGGCGUGCUGCCCUUGUCCUGGGAGUGGGGCGGGCGCUUCGCGGCGGGCGCGGGCGCGCUGCUCGCGCACGUGUGCGGCAGUGCGCGCUGGUGGGGCCCGUUGUUGGCCGACGCUCUGGCUGAGCCCUUCGAACGCAGGGAUGCGCCUCCGCAACCGCUUGACAGGUGCCUAAUAGCAGUUAUGUACAUGGCCCGUAAGAGCAUGUACGCACACGGCUCUAAUGGAGGCGGCGUGACGCACGCACUCUGCGCACGCACGUUGGAUCUCAUGCGUGGUCCGCGCCCGCAGCCCGCACUUCUAGCCGCCAUGCUCACCGCGCUGGCAUCCGUGUUGGACGCCGCUGUCAAUGCGACCACGCCUGCGCCCACGCAGCGGAAUAAUAGAUGGGACUGGGUGACGGGCGGUCGAGCGCGGCCGGGCACGUCCGAAGGCACGGCGCCGUCCCCGCGCUCCGCAGAGUGCAAGCUGCACCGACGCAAGCUGCACAAGAAGCUACUACAUCAGAUGCAGGAGCUGGAAGCCGCGCGCCGCGGCAUACAGGUCGCGUUGGAGGAGCAACAGCAAGGACUCACUACUCGCGAAGCAAUAAAAUGGGGAAUCGGGCCGCCGCCUGUUGCGCUCUCUGGCGCACUUACGGGCCUUACGGCAGGCGUAGAGACUCAGCACAAUCGUUUCGAUCGCACCCGUGUCAAUCUAAAAGCGCGUAUGGCGAUGAUGUGCAAGCGCGGCGGCGGCGCGGGGAGCUCCGGUUCAUCGUCAGGAGGCCCCUCCACCUCCUCGGGGAGCUCGCGAGCCGAAGAGGGCGCGCGGCUGCUGAGUCCGGCCCUAGGCGCGGCGUUAGCUCACGCACUCGUGACACACAUGUUGGCUAUGGACUCCACAUUGUUGGCUGAUCAUCUCUUGUUAUCUGCCAAGGUGGUAGGACGGUUGUGUGCGCUUUGCGGCGGCGCGGCGCUUCUGGAGCCGUCGUGCAUCCUCGGGCUGGCGCGCCUCGCCGUCACACUGCCGCCUUGGUCGAGACACGCUAUCACCACGCUGUUGCAGGAUCUAGUGGAGCACGAGUGCGGGGAGCUCCCGCCGACGCCGAGCGAGGAGUGGGGCGGCGCGGGCUCGUCGCGCAUCACGCGCGUCGUGUACGAGGAGCACAGCUUUGGCAAAGGGCUGCGCAGCAACAAGAAGCUGAUCACCGUUGCAGAUAAAUUAGCGGACAGUUUUGGGCUGGAGAAGACUUGGACCUACAACUUCACCAAGCCUAAAAUAACCGCAAAUUUGUUGAAAGAUAUGGAUGAAGAUGCUGUGCCCCCAGAGUCUGACGACUCUGAAUCUGAAGAGAAACUGGAACCGUACUUUUACGAAGCUAGCAAAAAGGAGUCGAGAUCCAAGCCAGUCGGAGAUGGAAGCAAUUGCUUGUCAACGUGCGUGGACGCACGUCUUGAAAACGGCGCGGCGAGUGCCGGCGAGGCUUUCGCACGGCGAGUAUUAGCCGCCACGGCCGCGGCUCUGCCGCUAGCGUUGCGUACGCAGCCGACACGGCCGGCGCAAGACUCUCCUUCAGACUCGACCCCUGGCGAUUCGCCUCCACAGGAGCCCCCACCGCAGUUGCCGCACCAUCCGCCGCUCUCGCAUACUUUAUACGAUGUGUUCAGACAUCUUGCGCUGGAGUUCCCUUCUCAGGUGGAUUGCACACUAAUGGAAAACGUAGUGUCCCUGUGGCUAACGCUGAACGGGUCAGCGUGGGGCGGAGCGUGGUCGUUGGGCGCGCUCACCGUGCCCUCGGACGCGCCGCGCGUUCGGCUCGCCUCCGACACCGUCAUCGCUUUGCUGCGGUCGCUCACACAAUUAAAAAACAUAUCGUUACGAUGUUGGGUACUAUCGAUGCAGGCGUUAGCAUGGGUUGCGAGUUUGCCUCUACAGACGGAAGGGAACUGCAUCAUACAAACAAUGGCGCGCGUGAUCCUGGAGUGCGAGUACUUCGUGCCCGCGCUCGUCCGCUUCAUUUCCAUCGACGUGACGGCCGACGGCGCCGUUGUCUCCUCAGAACCAUAUCUGGGCGGAGCAAGCAUUGGCGCAGGAGCAGGUGCCGCUGCAGCCCUGCAAUCAGUUCUAUCGCGAGUCGUGAAGGCUCGAGGCGCCCUCGGUGCUCUGGUGUCCCUCAAAGUGCUAACCGCGCUGUGGACCAGAUCGCCGAACCCCAACGAGUCUCCGCCCGUGUCUCAUUCAGCACUGGAUCUACACGCGGCUUUACUCAGGGCUGCCCAUUCGUUAGUGCCCGCGCUUACGUAUCGGCAAGUCAGACACGCGCUGCCACUUAUUGAAGCCGUUGCUGAUCAGUGCGGUUGGUGGGUGCGCGAGAGUAGCGGCUGGCGAGCUGAGUGCGGGGGCGGGAGCGGGAACGGCAGCGGGGCGGCGGGAGGGGAGGCGCGACUGUCGGGACUACUAGCUGAUGUGUUGGCGGGCAAUUCACGUAAAGCGCCGCUUCGACGUGCCGUGUUACAGCACCUGUUGCUGUAUGCGCGCCGUUUGUUGUCCUUGCCGCUUCCGUCGCCCUCUACACCCACGGCUGCUGGCGGUAGUGGCUCGCAAUCAUCUGCAACGAGCCCCGGUGGAUCCAGCAGUGACAUGUCCCAAACGGACGAAAGCAAAGCUCAGAACAGCGCCGUCCAAGAAGGCACCAACCUCGAAGACGAACGUAAACAGCAAGCGCCCAAGACGCCCUGUCUCGCUGAUACUGUGCUGCAACAUCCUGAAAUCAUGCAAAAAUUCUACAAUACGUUAUCUAUGUGCGAUGGCAUGAAUGCAUUAGUACUGACUAUGGGUGGGAACGGCGCAUGCGGGUCGGAGCAGUGGUCGCUGAAGGAGGAAGUGUUCUGGUUGGUGGCCAAAUUGCCCGUAGUCGCCGCUGAUCCUACGCUCAUGUUGCCCAGUCUCAUGGACUUUCUCAGGAAAGAAGAGAUGGUGAAGCUGUCACAGGGCAUGCAACAGUUGCUCGUGCGAGCGCUGGAGCGACCUGAGCUGCUUGCUGCAUUUGUCGAAGCUGGCGGGCUGGAACUGGUUCUCGACAAACUUGCGGCCUGCCACCAGGCGGGUCCAAGUAGCAACCAAGGAUUAGUAUCAUCUCUAAUGAAUCACCUAAAGUUGCCGCCACAGCUCGUCAACUUGUCCACGCCUGCCUCCGGUAGCAAAAAAAGCCAACCACCAGUCAUUGAAGCUGCGAAUGGCCUCAUUAAUAUUGCGCCACUAUGUACGGUGUCGUGCGGCAACCCUACCGCGCAAGCUGCGGACGUGUUACUAGGCGGCAGCGGCGCUAGUGGCGCAUGCGCAGCACGGCGCGUGCGCGCCGCCGCCUGGUCCUACCACUUCUUCAGCGCCGACGACUCAUCGCUAGCACUCACCAUCACACUGCCGUACGCCGCUGCGCUACAUGAAGUUCAUUUACAUCCGCACCUCACCAGCCUUGCGACGUGUCCAGGUGCGGUUGGAAUAGAAGCCGGCUGCGGAGGCACGGUGGCGCCGCUCGGAGCGCCGCAGAACACGGCUGGCAUGACCUUGAUCCGGCUGGCGCUAGCUCGGCCCAUCGUCGUCACGACCGUCACGUUACGCCUAUACAAGCCUCGCGACAGCUCCAACAUGGGCCUUCUGCAGUUGCGCCUUCUGGCCGGGCCUGCCUUCGCUGCUUCUCCGGAUCAGCAAGAGAAACACGAAAACCGAUGGGCGCGUAUAGUAUGGGAGUGCACGCGCACACGAUUGGAGACCAACCGAUGGGUAGCGCUGGGCAGCGCAGGUGCGGUCAGUGCGCUGUGUGCGUGCGUGGUGGCGGGUGGCAGUGCGGCACAGUACGCACACCGCGCCUUGCUAGCCGCCGCGCGCGCCUCGCCCGCUCUGCGCGACCCGCUCGUCACUGCGCUGCUGAGCAUGGAUGCGCACGCUCAUGCACACGCAUUCCAGCCGUCGGGCGCGGGUGGCGGCGCGGGCGGGCGCUGGGCGGGCAGCAUGGGCGGCGUGUGCGCGCUGGCGGCCGCGCUGUGCCGCUGGUGCCCCGCGGGCAGCGUGCACGCCUACGUGCGCUGGCUGGCCGCCGCUGCCGAGCGCGCGCUGCGCGACCGCGCGCCGCCCUCCGCAGCCCUCGUGCACACGCUCGCUGCGGUAUUAUGGACACUCAAAGAAGAACGACUUUUGGACCAUUUAGAGGAAAUGAUAACGGAUGGCUUGUUCGAAUUAGUUUACGCUUGGGUAGAAGAUGUGCCCGAAAAGAAUCUACUGAAGAAAGCUUUAGAUGCAGUAUUAUGUUCAAUGUGCUAUAUAAGGCCGGAGUUGUUCAGGCUUCUAUUGGAACAGAUGGAAAUCCCCAUGGAUACAGAUGAGAGCAUGGAGGGUCUAACAGAUGACACUAAGGUGCGUCGUCCGAUGCAAGCGUCCACAUCGCGAGAGAGUAUGGGCGCGUGGAUAGACUGCGGUGUCGUGAAGCGGUUGCGCGGCGGACAACUGCGCACCAUAGCGGCGGCUGCCAUGUCGCCCGCGGCCACCCUGACGCUGCUGCAUUCCCCCUUACCUGCUGCUCUUGUACGCGCCGUGGCAGAUUUCGCAGAGGCAAAACUGGAAUCGAUAAUGGGUCAAACAGGAUCACAAGAGGAUGUCCACAUGGCUGACUCCGAUAGCAAAGAAUAUAAGCGAUUAAAAGAUAUGCCUUCAAUGAAGCGUAUAUGCGACGUGGUGGAGUGGGCGCGGCUCGUGUGCGCGGAGCGGCGCGUCAAGGAGUGGCUGGGCGGCGCGGGCGCGGUGUUCUGGCGCCCGCUGCUCCGGCUGCUGUGCCAUCCGCGGCCUCAGCACAGUACAUGGCAAGAGAGCGCCCAGUACGCCCAGCUAGAAGAGAACACGAUACAGUUGUUUGCUGAACUGACGGUGUGCCAUACUGCCAACCAGAAGCUCUUCGCUUCUACACUACACAGUAUUCUGGAGUCCAUGCAAUAUACCGGUCCAGAAGGUCUGUCUGGCUUCACACGGGCCCUCAUCCUGCGACUGGUGUUGUCGGGCGAGCGCGCUACAGUUGCGCUGCGCUGGGCCGGCGGUGUGGGCGCGGCAGGAGGAACGGGCAGCCCCGCCCUCCCCCCGCACGCCGCGCCGCCCCACCCCGCCUCUGCCCACCACACCUUGCAUCUGCCCCUGCACACCACUGUGCGAGUGCUGCUGCAGGAACAUAGACCGCAAGUGCCAUUGUUCGAAGAAGCGUCACGGUUAUGCGCCGGCAGCAGUUCAGGUUUCAACGGCGCGGGCAGUUCUGGCACUAUGCUCCGCAGCGCGUCAGACCCCGCCAUCCUCACGGUGGCAGAAGCGUGGGAGCUUUCCCUCGCUGCCGCCAGCGCCUCCAAGGACAAACGCGUCAAAGAUGUAAAGAACAGCUCACUCAAACAGCAGGGCAACAAGAAGAGGCAGACCAAAACUAGCAACGACACCAAUACGCUAUCCGUUAGUGAUGACAUCAUCGAGUCAACAAUAAGAGUGCAAGUAGACGGGUUGGAGGGCUUCAUACCGCCCAGCACGACACUCGCACAACUCACCGCCGCCGUGCCUCACGUGUUUGGGCCACAUCUAACGCUCAAUUUGCAUCUAAAUACCAGUGGGGACACAUGGACGGGUCCGAUGUGGGAGGGCGGCAGUGAAGCGGGCACGUCGAGCGGCACGUGCGCGGGCGGCACGGUGUUGCGCGAGUUCGGUGCGUGCGGUGGCCUGGCGCUGGUGGCCGCGCGGCUGCCGCGACCGCACGCCGCGCCCGCGCCUCCCCCUGCACCCGCGCAGCAUCACGACCUCGACUGGGUCAAGCUGGAUGACGCUUAUGAGGAGGUGGUAGAGAUGGGUGUGACUUCAGCCGGCACGGUCGGCGGCAGCAGCAGCGCGGCGGGCGAGGAAGCCAGCGGCUGCGCGGGCGUGCCGGCGCACGCUCUGCUGGCGCUGGCGCUGCUGCUGAAGCUGCCGGGCUACGCGGCCGCGCUGCUGGACGAAGGAGCACGCGCUGUGCAUCUGCUACGUCUUUUGCUCGGCGUGGCGCACGAUGAGGACGGACGCAACAUAGUGGUGGGCGGUGGUGCCGGCGGCAGCAACACCGCAUCGCUGGGCACGCUCCCAUUCCGCGUGGUAGCGCAACUGCUGGAGGCUGCGCCUCGCGCCUCGCCCGCGGGCCGCUCGCUGCGCUUGGCACUUCUACAGCUGGGUGCUGUGCGGCUCGUGCUCGCCUGCCUCGCGGUGUUCACGCAUCAUCGACCCACUGCACAGAACAGCCAGAAUUCAAACGGUUCAAGCAAGGAGGGGAAAGAGGCGCGCGAGGAAAAGGCACAGUUGUAUUGGGCCAAGGGCACAGGGUUCGGCACCGGCUCCACGCAACAGAGCUGGAACGUCGAACAGGCGCUGGUCAGGCAACGCAUUGAGGAAGAACACGUCACAGUAUUGCUCCAGGUAUUAGUAUCGUAUAUGAACCCCGGUGAGAAAUGGCCGCCGGAGGAGGGCUCGCAGGAAGAGGGGGAGGAAGGUGAAGAAAGCGAAGAGGGCGACGCUCACGAACUGCCUUCGGAAUUCAUCGACCUGGUGGCCGCUAGCUCCCUCGUGCCCGCCAUCUGCUCAUACCUGAGGAACGACUCAGUGCUGGACAUGUCGAGGCACAUCCCUCUGUAUGUGUGCGUGCUGCGCGCGGUGCGAGCGUUGCGCGCGCUGCGGUGCCGCCGCCUCGCGCCCUCGCUGCGCGCUUUGCCGCGCCUGCUGGCCAGCAUGAGUCGCACCACCAACUCUUACGCCACCAAGCUCAGGAUGAGUAAAAAGAACAUAUUCGGAAAGAUGACCUAUAGCCAAAGAUUUAGUACUUCAAGUACGUCGGAACUGUCUGAAGAGGACGAGGGACUCGCAUUGCUUAUUGCCGAUAUACAGGCAACAUCUGCGCUGAUGUGCCGCGCGGAGGGCGAGGCGGAGGGCGGCGGCGUGGCGCGGCCGCUGCACGGCGCCACGCGCGAGGCGCGCUACAUCGAUCUCAUGCGCACCAUGCAGUUUGAAACAUUCGAGAUGAUGGCGGAGAGCGCGGACGGCGGGUUCCGGUUCACGGUGCCCUACCACUUCGAGGGCACGGUGCGCGCGGCCGGCGAGCGCGCCCACCCCGCGCGCAUGAAGCGCCUCGCGCAGGAGGCCGCCACGCUGGCCACCAGCCUGCCGCUCUCCUACUCCUCCUCCGUGUUCGUGCGCACCGACACCGACCGCCUCGACGUCAUGAAGGUGCUGAUCACGGGCCCGUCGGACACGCCGUACGCGAACGGUUGCUUCAUCCUGGACGUGUACUUCCCGGCAGAGUACCCCGCCGUGCCCAUGCUCAUCAACUUGGAGACAACGGGCCGCCACUCCGUGCGCUUCAACCCCAACCUGUACAACGACGGCAAGGUGUGCCUGUCCGUGCUCAACACGUGGCACGGCCGCCCGGAGGAGAAGUGGAACGCGCACACUUCCAGCUUCCUGCAGGUGCUAGUGUCGAUCCAGUCGCUGAUCCUCGUGCCGGAGCCGUACUUCAACGAGCCGGGCUACGAGCGCAGCCGCGGCACGCGCGUGGGCAACAGCGCCAGCCUGGAGUACAACUCCAACAUCUACCAGGCGUGCGUGCGCUGGGCCAUGCUCGACCACCUGCGCUCGCCCGAGUCCUGCUUCAAGGAGGUGAUCCAAACACACUUUUGGAUGAAGCGCAACGAAAUAAUGCAGACUGUGGCGAACUGGAUCACGGAGCUGGAGGGGCAGACGGGCGACGAGCGCACGCAGCGCAGCAUACAGCUCAACCUCAUGGCCCUCAAGCGACAUUACGUGAAACUGCAAGAAGAGUUGGCCAAGCUGCCCGUGCCGCCCGGCCUCGAGGACCUGGACGAGCCCUUCCAGCUGCCCGCCGUGCCCGAGCCGCAGCCCGUGCCUGCGCCUGCGCCCUUCGUCGCACCCCUUUCACCCCCUACCUACAUGCCCGCGCCGCCGCCGCUGCCUUCAAUCGACCUCGACCACGACAUGGAGAAGAUCGUCGCGCAGGUGCUCGACUGAGCCGCGCCCGCAUCCGUAGAGCACACGAUACCUCCCGCGCACGCGUACUCUCGACCCGUUGCUGCGCGGGGCUCGGCCGACGUGAGACAAGCUUUCCGUGCCGUUGCGUAGUUUUGUACAGUUAUCGUCAACCGAUAGACGUCCACUGACAUGACAGGUCUCUUGAUGCCUUUGACACCUGUAUCUACCGGCCGCUUGAGACUCGUUUGACGUCUGUUUAUAAGUAUGGGCGAAGCUUUCCAGCACAUUGUAACCUAAUGUUUAUCGGUUACUCGAACCCAUCAGAUAUUACAGUUGGUGUCACGAAAAAAAGUCUGGCCUUGAAUCUGCGCAGUGGGUGAUUUAUGGUCAAACUUUCCGUUUCCUGUGUAGUACGAGUAGCUAUGCGCAGACAUCCCUUCCACUAACGUUCAGAAAUCUUUUUACCUGUAACCAACUGUAUGUGUAACUGUUGUACGAAUCGUUCGAAUCGAUGAUCCAGACGUGUGUACCGCGCGUUGGGUGAUAUCAGACCGUUCAUUCGAGUACAUGUUCACUCGAGUGAUUGUUUCAUUUUGUUAUCAUUCCGCGUUCACACGACACGGACUUACAUAGAAAUGGUCUGUCAUCCGCUCGUUUGCUUGAAUAUGUUGUAAAAUGGAAUUUGUUUGAUUUGAUCUAAGACUUGACAUACAAGGAGCAAAGGAAUCCCAAAAACAGAAUCGUGUUUUGUUCGUUCCAGUUGGAUACUAUUUUAGCGCAUACGUAGACAAUAUAUUUUAUUACGCGGUGUCUUCCUUCCGCAAGUUAAAAUGGCCGACCUCUCUGUGUUCAGAUGUUUCAUUUUUCGUUCAUUCAAGACGUGAAUGCCGAAAUCUACCACGGAUCGGUACAUCAAUCGGUCACUUUUGAUUCAUUAUGUGUUCAGAUGUUUCAUUUUUCGUUCAUUCAAAAUGUGCUGAAAUCCAUUAUGUUGGGUCAGUACAUCAAUCAGUCACUUUUAAUUUAUUUUGUGUCCAGAUGUUAAAGGAUGUCAAAUAAAACUAACUUAAAUUAAGACAAAAUGAACCGUUUGAUAUCACCUUUACACCGCGUUGGAUGGACGCGUUGCGUGCGGGUGACGACGCAUUUAUCCCUUCGUAAACUUAGACUCGAGACGCGCUUGCGUAUUUCGUGUUGUAUUACCCGCGCGCGCCCCGUGCGCCUUUAUUGUUCGCGUGUUAAAUGGUUUAUUUGGAAUUUCUUUUUUUUAUUAUAAAUAUUUUUAUUAGAUAUAUACAUAGCUUAGUGGACCUUGUUUAGUUUAACGUAUUGUGAUACUAUAAGGGGCUCGCGACCCAGUAAGGUAGAUAAGACGUAAUAUCUGCGGGACGUUAUACAGUAUAGUGCCCGGCAAACAACUUGAGCAUUGACGCGAAUGGCGGAUGUACGCGAUUGGUUGAUCAGUCGGCGCGAAUGCACGAUAUUGCUUGAUACGUCGACUUUGUCUUCUCAGAUUCGCCAACUUUCUCCCACUACGAUGCUUCAGGUCCAAGUUGUUUGCCGGGCACUUUAGCUCCGGUAGUCUCCGGCACGCAGCGUCGAGGGAAGUUCGGUGGGCAGUGUUUCCCGCGGUCUCCGAGCGAGCUAUAUCGCGUGCCCGAACGCCGCCGUCGGACGUCGCCGUGCGCCCUUCGCGCGGUUUCGCCCCAACGGCGCUUUUUUUUUUUACUGUAUCUAUAUUAAAUUAUAAUUUGAUGUAUAUAAACUUUUAUUGCCUUUUAGUUUUUGUAUUUAAGAAUAUUUUACUAUACAUACGUAUCGCGAUAUACUCUUUUUAGGGCACUCCCGCAUCGCGCGAUGGAGUUAAGAAAAUAUAUAAAUUAGUACAGUAGUAAAUUAUGUACAGGCCUAGCCGAAACAGUAAAUUUUAUAAAGCCGACCAUAUAAACCGGUUUCGUUUUUAACCGACGACGCGGUGCACUCGCACAUCCUGAUAUCGACGGACGAAAUCACAAAAUGUACAUAAAUAUAUAAAGUCAACAUUAGCUCACCCACUGUCUCACUGUACUUUAAUUAAUGUCGGGUAAGUAGGACGUUUACUUUGUUAUAUACAUGACUGUGAAUUUCGGGAUGUAAAUAAAAAUUUAUGUUAUUGCA